AUGUUAGAGUACAUAUAUAUCUGUAGACAUGGAUUCAGGUCAAAUUGGAUAGAUCCAAGUAUAAAAACCUCUCCAACAGGAUUAAACAGAGAUCCACCCCUAGCAGUCUACGGUCAAGAGCAAUCCCAACAUCUCUCUUCAUUCCUGUCUGAUCCGUCCAAGACUCAUCCAUACCCUAUACCGGAAUUGGUAUUUUCAAGUCCAUUCUAUAGAUGUAUAGAAACUUCUUUACCUACGGCUCAGAAAUUGGGUCUGAUCGAUGGAGACGAACAUAGUGAGGGGAAGGGGCAAGGUAGAGAAGGAGGAGUGAGGUUGGAACAUGGUGUAGCUGAAUGGUACUCCCCCGUCUUGCCCAGUACAGGACUUCAUCCCCGACCAUCUCAUUCCGAACAUCUCUCGCAGUACUUCCCCCCAAAAUCGCUCAACUCGUCAUACCGAUCCACAGUCUUUCCCUCGCGGAAAGGCGAGUCCUUUAAAGAGUUGCAUGAUCGAGCGGAACUUUUCGUGGAAAGUUGGAUAAGUAAAAUCGAAGAAUUGCAUCCUGAAGUGAAGAGUGUGGUGAUCUUUGCUCAUGCGGCGAGUCUAAUUGCGCUGGGACGAGCACUCACUGGCGAUCGUACACUAAACGUCGUAGCUGGCUGCGCUUCCACCUCUUUGUAUCAACGUAAACGACCCUCUACCUCAGAAUCGUUCGAAUCGACUUUACAGCCUCACAGACAACCGUUUGAUUCUCGUCCUCCCUCUUCUCUAGGAUUCACCUCCCUCGAUUCACCUGCUUUUGGCGGUGGACUGGCACCUCCCUCGCCCGCAUUUGGGAGUUUGUCAGGUACAGCUACUCCACCAGCUUUCGCACCUCUCUCAAGACCACCUUCUCCCCUCCCCCGUUCAACCGGGACCCAAAUCGUACCUUGUGGAGUAGGUGAAUGGGAGAUAGUAUGGAAUGGAAGAGCGGACUAUCUUCCCAAUGGUAUAGAAAGAGAUUGGAGUUUCAAAGAUGCUCUGGUGAAAGAUGAUGGAGAGGUAAUUAAUGAUAAAGGUGAUGGUGGACCUUAUUCUGAGAAGGAUUUGUUACCUCAAGGAUUGGCUGAUGGUGCGGAGAAGUGGUUGAGGAGAGGUAGACCGCCUUUUAAUACGAGUGGAGAGGGGAAGAAGGGAAGUAUAGGGUUGGGUAUAGGUUCAGCUAGGAUGUAG